AACUCGCGUUUCGCAUUAGAUUGGUUGGGUUUUGUUAGGUCAGUAAAUUGCGCAUUUGCGCAGUGAAGGGAACUGGACGUUAUGAAGUAAGAAAGAAAUAUAUCUCUGUUUCAACAUGUUAGGGCCAUUUUUACAACACCAUUCCUCUUCCAGGAGUAUAAGAUCUAUGGCUUGAAAAUGUAGUCAUUGAAACGUACCUGUCACAAGUGUGUUCAAAAAUGAACCGACGCAACGAUGCUCGUAGCACUCUCGGCUGAUCUUCGAACGCAGCUGUCGUAAGUGUGUUCGCGAACCAAUCAUAUUGUUUACAUAUAAAAUCAUGAAAAUCUGCUUGAUUAUUUGGAAUUUCAAUAAAAAUAAAAAGUUUCUGUUUUAACGAAUAUUUAUUAAUGAUUGCAUAGUAGCAGCGGAGAAAUUAGAGAAACACAAGGAGCAUUUAAGGAGCAAUAUCUUAGGCAUUAUACACAUAUAAAUUUUUAUUAUCCUGCGCUAACUUCCUGACAGUCGUUUUCUUUCUAUUCCUAUGUUCCAAUAGCUUUGAAUCGCUUACACGCCGUUCUGCGACUCAUUCCCUCUAUCUGUAAUAUCUUUAUGCUAUCAAUAACAUUGAGUUGAAUUAGCUGUUGAACCAAUGAAUGGUAAUAAAGUGCGUGCGUACGCAAUGGUCGGUCAUGACCUAGAAGUGGCUACAAACAUGGCUUCUGGAAAGAUUGAUCAGAAGGAAUAUUUAAAAAAAUAUUUGUCUUUUGACGAUGAAAUGAAAAAGAAGAAGAAGAACAAGAAGAAGAAGCACGCGAAAGUCGGGGUGAAAACAGUAAAGAUCAUUGACGAUGAUGUAAACCUGAAACACUUGAGGCCAAUUGAAGAUGGAGAGUUUGAUAUCCUCAACCAUACUGAAGAUGCGCCACAAAUUGUUGGCAUAAUCGACGAACGUGGACCUGUUGAUUUCUCGGAUAAGAGAAGGUGGAAAAUAAUAGCUGACGAUGGGGAUGGCGAUAUAACUGUAACAAGUAGUGAAAAUAAUAUAAGGGAUGCAGAUGAUUCUAUUCCUGAUAGUAAUAGGAAAAACGAUAAAUUGUUAGGAACUAAGAAGAGCGUGAGUUCAGCUCCCUUCACAAAAAGUAAAAAAACGUACGACUCAGACUGUAGUCCUCCUAGAAGAAAAGAGAAUAAAAAUAACUCUGAUUUAGAUUUAAGUCCACCUAGAAACAGGCAAAAUAACAAUAACGUUGAGCACAGUCCUGCCAGAAAAUCAAGAAAACAUUCCAAACGAAGUAAAGACUACGAAUCAGACUUGAGUCCACCUAGGAAGAAAAAGAAUUCAAAGCAAUCAGAUUCGGAUAUUAGUCCACCCAGAAAGUGGCAAAGUAACAAUAGUUCAGAUCGCGGAUCUGGGAGAAAAUCAAAAGACUAUUCAAAAUUCAGUAAAAAUUAUGAUUCUGACCUGAGUCCCCCUAGAAAGAGACAAAAUCAUUUGGACUCCGAUUCUGAUUUAAGUCCCCCAAGAAAUCGGCGAAACAACAAUAACACUGAUCACAGUUCUAUUAGAAGAGAAAGACAAAAAUCGCAUUCUAGACACGAUAAAGAUUAUCAUUCAGACCUGAGUCCUCCUAGGAGAUCCAAGCAUGAUUCUCGAAAUACUGAAUCAACUGACAGUAAAUAUAAUAACGAUGGUCACAGAAGAAGGAUGGAUAAACACAGAAAUAAACACAACAUGGACAGUGAUAUAAAUUCACCGGGAAAAUCCCAUAGAAGAUCGAAAACACCUCCAAGAAAAUCAACAUCGCGAUGGGAUCAUGAGCCCAGGAGAAGAUCUAGAACUCCAGAUAACCCAAAGGAUCAGGACAGGCGAAUGAAAAAAACUCUAGAUGGUAAAACGGCAGGAUUACAAAAUGCCAGAGCAUUAAGGGAAGAAACUGAUGCACACAAGAAACGCGAGGCUGAAUUAUUCAGCAAGUUGAGCGCAGACGUUAGUGGCGUUGGGCAAGCUGCUGUUCUCCGUGACCGUAAAACGGGACGGAAGCGAGAUUUGGCUGCAGAAGCAGCUGAAAAGCGUGAAAAACAAAAAGUUCAAGAAGAAUUGGAUGAGAAAUAUGCCAAAUGGGGAAAAGGCUUGAAACAAGUGGAGGAUCGAGAAGAAAAAUUAAAAAGAGAUCUAUACGAGAUGAGUAAGCCUUUGGCAAGGUACGCGGAUGAUGCUGACUUGGAUAAGGAACUUAGGGAGCAAGAUAGGGAAGGCGAUCCUAUGUUGGAGUACAUAAAACAAAAACAAAUAAAAGAAGGAAAACGAAAACCAGAAAAACCAAGAUACGAAGGUACAUUUAUGCCCAAUCGGUUUGGCAUUAAACCAGGUCAUCGAUGGGACGGAGUCGAUAGGAGUAACGGUUACGAGAAGAAAUGGUUUGACGCUCAAAACGCACGUAAAGCUUUACAAGAAGAAGCUUAUAAAUGGAGCACAUCUGACAUGUAAAACAAUGUGGAAUUGUUAAAGCACUGCUAAAAAAAAUAUUAAGUUACUAUGACGUGUACCUAAUGCAAUUUUUGUUGUCAAUCAUAAAAGUGCACUUUCACUAAUCAUA